CCCUCCCCCCCCCCCUACAUAUCAUACACGAUGAGCGACGUCGACUUCAUUCGUAGCCAUCUGACGGCGCACCCUGACUUCCCCAAGAAGGGCAUCGUCUUCUUGGACAUCUUCCCCAUCCUUAGGGAUCCCGUCGCCUUCGAGACUCUCAUCACACAUUUCAUAUACCACCUCACCUCGAAGACGAUCCCCUCUUCGCCGACGAAGAAGGUCGAUGUCGUCGUUGGCCUGGAUGCUCGCGGAUUCUUGAUCGGACCGAUCAUCGCGCUGCGACUGGGGGCUGCGUUCGUCCCGGUACGCAAGAGCGGGAAGCUCCCCGGCGCAUGCGUGAAUGCGUCCUACCAGAAGGAGUACGGCACGGACGUCUUCGAGCUCCAGGAGGAUGCCAUCAGCGAGGGGCAGACUGUCGUCGUUAUCGACGAUCUCAUUGCCACUGGCGGCUCGGCAAAGGCUGCCGGAGAGCUCGUCGCCAAGCGCGGCGGCAAGACGCUCGAAUACCUGUUCAUCGUAGAACUGCCUUUCCUCAAGGGUGCUGAGCAACUGGACGCACCCUCCUACUCCAUCAUCCAGUCCGAUGACUAGAGUUGACCACACCGCACAUAUCUAUUUAUCAUCUCCAUUACUCAUAUCUAUCUACUUUUGGUUGUUUCAUCUAGAAGCCUUGUAUCUAUCCGUUGUAAAGUUGGGAGAGGCGAUAUACAGCGCCCCAGACCGUCGAUUUCUGACACACGUCUUCAUGCUUUCAGCCUGCACAUGUCAAUUAUAAAGACACUAUCCGACAUCCUCGUUUCUUCUCAAUGCAUCCAACAUCGAUAGGUGCCUUCAAAGCCAGCUCUAUAUUCACCUGAACAAUCCGACCGAAGUAACAAACCGUAAAGUAUAAACCCCGUAUAUGUACAUGUCAAUGACGACUCGUGAUGAAGCUGCAGA